AACAUCGAAAAUGUGACAUCGCUGAAACAAACCGGCAAGGAAACAGACAUUUGGGCUUUCCCUGUGAAGGCCACCACAUCGUUUAAGUUUCCCUUAUUUAUUUAAAAAAAAUGAGUCGCAACGUUCUGGCGCCGCCAACUCAACGGAUGAGCCACAAUCGCAACUACCGUGUUAACGUUGUGCACGACGAUUUCGGUGGCAGCAAAUGGAAUUCCAAAAACCAGAGCUCAACUUCCAAGGGAUAUGAGGAACAGGAUCUCUAUGGAGAUGAUGACUACGAGGACGACGGCACCGAGUGCAACAUUGAAGAACAGCCCGACGGCAGCUUCAAACUGGCAUUGCAUGUGCCCAAAUCGUUUUAUGGUGGUUUAAUUGGCUUCAAGGGCUCAACAAAGCGUCGCAUUGAAACCGAGAGCAAAACUACCAUCCACGUGCCACGUCAAACGGAUGCCUCUAACGAUUUAAUCAUCAGGUCUAAUGAACGCAGCAAUGUGUGCUCCGCUCUGCGAAAAGUUCGUCUUCUAUUGGAUUCCCUACGCAAACGAAUGCGGCCAACUCAUUUCCUGGCCGUACCAUUAAACUCUGGUCAAGUAAAAGAUCGCUUCAUGGAGCUGAAACAAAAGAUAUUAGAUGCCCAACUACCUGGCAUAGAUUCGGAGCUAUUCAUAUCGGAACGUUGCAUUCAUUUAACUCUGGGCGUCUAUGUGCUCUUGGAUGAUGCGGAGCGUAAGAACGCUGUCAAUGAGCUGCAAACCUGUCGCCAAUGGUUGGCUGACUUGACCACACCAUUUGAACUAAAAGUCAAGGGUCUUGAAAUCAUGAACGAUGAUCCUAGCUCAGUACGAGUGCUCUACGCCUGUGUAGAGUCACCACAGCUUCAACAAUUCGCCGAUAAGUGUCUUAAGCAUUUCCGAACAACCGGAUUCUGUGCCACGGAUAACAAUACGCGUGAUAACAUCAAGCUCCACAUGACGGUGUUGAAUAGCCGCUAUCGUGAGGAAAAUAACAGCUCCUUCGAUGGCCGCGAGAUACUCAAACGCUUUAGCGACUUUGAUUUCGGCACUGCACAAUGCAACGAGGUUCAUUUGUGUGUGCUCAAGUCAUCCAGGGAGGUCGAGGACUUCUACAAGAUAACGGGCAGUCUGAAAUUCUAACGAUCUAAACGAAAUAAAUCCAACAUCAAAUGUUACACACAUACAC